AUGUCACCUUAUGAGGCGUUGUAUGAGAGACAAUGUCGGACUCCAUUAUGUUGGAAUGAGACUAGUGAAAGGAAACUUCUAGACUCUGAGAUUGUACAGGCGAUAGUGGAUAAGGUCAAUAUUAUACGGGCCAAGUUGAAAGCAGCACAAGACAGGCAAAAGAGCUAUGCAGAUGUGCGUAGGAAGGAUCUCAAGUUUGAGGUUAGCGAUCGAAUAUUCUUAAGGCUCUCUCCUUGGAAAGGUGUAGUACGUUUUGGAAAACGAGGGAAGUUAAGUCCUCGCUACAUUGGACCGUAUGAGAUAUAUAUCUCAGACCCAUCACAUGUGUUGGAGACACCGGAGAUUGAAUUUAAGGAUGACUUAUCUUAUGAGGAGCAGUCAGUGCAGAUUUUAGGAAGGGAAGAGAAAAGGCUUCGCAACAAGAUUAUAGCUUUGGUGAAGGUUCUUUAG